AUCAACAUUCAACGACAAAUUAUUAAAACGAAACGGGUGGAAGACUAUUUGAAAAUGAUUGCUGCAAGUUUUCGUGACUGUCAGGCUUGGAAAGCUGAGGGUUUACCUCUGUCCACCACCAGCAAUGAGGCCUGCAAAAUGUAUGAUGCUAUUAUUACACAGUAUGUUCAGUGGCGCAAUGAUCCCACCUUGGGCGGUAUCGAGGGUUGCAUCGCUGCCGUUCAGGCUGCAGAUCCAGACUUUGUGAUGGGUCACGUGAUCAACACAGGCCUGGAAUUGGUUGGCACGGCGUCGUCGGUGGAGCGAAAUGAGCGUCUGGCCAGUGCCGUAAGACGGACGGUGGAACUGGCCAAGACCCAGGAAAUCACACCUCGAGAGAGACAGCAUGUUCGGGCCAUGGAGCUGUUCUCCAGAGGAGCUCUGUCCAAAGCCUGUAACGUGUGGGAGGAGAUUCUGGUGGAACACCCCACAGACAUGCUGGCUCUCAAGUUUGCCCACGAUGGCUUCUUCUACCUGGGUUACCAGACCCAGAUGAGGGACUCCGUGGCCAGAGUGUUGCCCUAUUACAAACCCCACACACCCCUGUCCAGCUACCUGAAGGGCCUCUACUCCUUUGGCCUUCUUGAAACUCACUUCUACGAGCAGGCUGAGAAAGUGGCCAAAGAAGGGCUGGCCUUGGCACCGAACGACGCCUGGUGUGUCCACUCUGUGGCCCACGUCCAUGAGAUGAAAGCCGAGGUGGACAAGGGGCUCAACUUCAUGCAGUCCACAGAAAAGGACUGGGAGGGAUGUGACAUGCUUGCCUGCCAUAACUACUGGCACUGGGCGCUUUAUCACAUUGAAAAGGGGGAGUACGAGGCGGCCCUGAAGAUCUACGACAGCCAGGUGUCCCGGCGGUGUGUGUCCACAGGUGCCAUGUUGGACACAGUGGACGCCUGCUCUCUUCUCUACAGGCUGGAGAUGGAGGGUGUAAGUGUGAAAGAUCGCUAUCGUGAGAUGCUGCAGGUGGUUGAGCCUCACAGUGAGGAUCAUACUCUACUUUUUAACGACCUGCACUUCCUUAUGGUGUCACUGGGGGGCGGCGCCACUGACUGCACCCACCGUUUGUUGGACAGCUUGAGGGAGAGAGCUCGAGAUGUAUUCAACCUGCUGCUCCUGCAUGCUGCCAUCAAAUCUCAGGACAAACACCAUCAGAAGUAUGCCAGGUCCCUACUGGUGGAGCGGAAUGCCUUACGGCCGAACUCUCCCCUUACUGACCGCAUGAUGGAGAAGUUCUCUGCCCUGCAUGUUUAACUGAUGAAGCCAAACUGUGAAAUUGAGGCAUCUCACAUUUCGUAAACAAAAAUCUUUUUUGACAACUUUCAUGACUUAGGUCAUAAUGCUUAUAGCCUAAGCAGCACGUCUGAUGUAAGCUGUAGCCUCAUCUCUAAAACUUCACACCAUCUUGCUCACCUUGUAGUGAGGUGAUAAUUAGAUAGAGAUAAUGUAAUGUGUAAUUUAUGGAUUUUAUUAGAGGUCCCUCAAAAAAGUGAUUGAAGGACACAGAGAGACUUCUUUUUUUAGCUGAGCAUAUUUUAUUACCAAAUGAACAUCAAUGACAAAUAAAA